UCCUCGCGCGUCGAAGGCGUCACCACUAAUAGACUUUAAAUGGGGCAACAACAUCAGAAGGUCGACAACAUUGAUCACAGGAGUGAACUGCUGGAGAAGUGGACUUUGAGAGACCAUGAGAGCGUGCAGGUGGUUCUGAUUCUGAAGCGGGAGACGCAGACAAGCUAGCUCGCGGUUGGCGCUCAGCUGAAGUUCGGACGCAAACAAAGCGCGGUUCUGCCGAACUGUCACCAUGGGCGUAAAUAAAGCCAAGCUGACAGCCGGCUUCAUCGUGGCGGGGGUGCUGAUGGUGUUUUUCGGAACCGUUCUGGUUUUUGUGGGUCCAAUAGUCAUCGACGACCAAGUGGAGAAGAACACGAUGAUCGACCCGAAGAACGACAUGUCCUACACCAUGUGGAAGGACCUUCCCGUUCCCUUCUUCAUGUCCGUCUACUUCUUCCACGUCCUGAACCCGGAGGAGCUCCUGAACGGAGAGAAGCCCAUGGUGGAGCAGAGGGGGCCCUACGUGUACAGAAAAAGCUGUCAGAAAGAGAACAUCACCUUCCAUCCCAACUUCACGGUGUCCUACAGAGAAUUCCGGACCUACCACUUCGAGCCGUCCAUGUCCGUGGGGAACGAGUCGGACCUGGUCACGGUUCCCAACAUGCUGGUUCUGAGCGCGGCGGUGAUGAUGGAGAAGCUGCCCUUCGCCCUGCGUCUGUUGAUCAGCGCCACCUUCAAGACCUUCAACGAGGGCCCCUUCCUCACCAAGACGGUGGGGGAGCUGAUGUGGGGCUACGACAGCAAACUGGUGGACUUCCUAAACCAGUACCUGCCCGGCAUGCUUCCCGCCUCCGGGAAGUUUGGACUCUUUGCUGAGUUCAACAACUCCAACACCGGCCUGUUCACCGUCAACACGGGAAAAGAUGACAUCAAGAAGGUCCACCGAGUCGACUCGUGGAACGGUCUGACCGAGCUGAGCUACUGGAGGAGCCCCCAGUGCAACAUGAUCAACGGCACAGCCGGGCAGAUGUGGCCCCCCUUCAUGACCACAGAGAGCACCUUACCCUUCUACAGCCCCGACGCCUGCAGGUCCUUGGAGCUGGUUUACCAGCGCCCCGGCGAGAUGCUGGGGAUCCCCCUCUACAGGUUCGUGGCGCCGAAGACCAUGUUUGCCAACGGGUCGGAGUACGAGCCCAACCAGGGGUUCUGCCCCUGCAGGCAGUCGGGUCUCCUGAACGUCAGCACCUGCCGCCACAACUCGCCGGUCUUCAUCUCCCAUCCUCACUUCUUCAACGCCGACCCGGUGCUGCUGGACUCGGUGCUGGGUCUGAAUCCCACCGAGGAGGAGCACGGGCUCUUCAUCGACAUCCACCCGCUGACGGGGGUUCCCCUCAACGUGUCCAUCCGCCUGCAGCUCAACCUCUACAUCAAGAGAGUUUCAGGAAUCACUGAAACCGGCAAGAUUUCUGAGGUGGUGAUGCCGCUGCUGUGGUUCGAGGAGAACGGCUACAUCGAUGGCCCCAUCCUGAACACCUUCCGCACCAACCUGGUGGUCCUGCCGGCCGUCAUGGAGUACCUGCAGUACAUCCUCAUCGCGCUCGGCCUCCUCACCGUCAUCGUGGCGUCAGUGGUCCACCACAAAGUGAAGAGGUCCUUGAACGCCGCCGAGAUCUCCAGCGUCACGGAGAACCCCGGGGCCUCGGCUAACGGGCAGGUAAAAGGCUCGCACGGCUCUCAGGAGAAAAGUUUGAGCGCUGCAGAGAAAUGAGGGCGCCGCUGCCAACGCCGCCGCCAGCCGAAGCUCUCGGACGGACGAGCGAACCCCUCUGCUGCGGGACGACACUCACAAACACAGCCAGCUGGCAGACGCGUCCAGAUGAAACGGAGGACAAGGCGGAGCUCGCCUUUUUAAAGCCGCAUCCGUGUUUGCGGAGUUUUUUUAUGGUCGUUUUAUUUCAGAUGAAAAUGUUUCAUUUUAGACAAAAGUUGCUUUUAACGAGGGAGGCUGUUUGUUUAAUCACUGCCAAGGAUUCAGCGUCUUCCGCCUCGGUGCCUUCACGGGAGUUUCGUCCGAACUCCAGCUUCUCGUUUGUAAAUAUUUUACGCUUCUGACUUUGGAAGCGGAGCCACUGCUGUUUGUUUACUGCGGCCGUCCGCCGUCUGUGGAAAUGCAUGUUUGGUGUUGCACACCUACUCACUGUAAAAUAAUUAAAGAAGCGGAAGAAGUUUGAAUGAAA